AUGAAGGACUUCACUCGAGAAACUACAGGUGUCGAGGUAGUCCAGGAGUUGCGUGAUCGAGUCGAUGGCAAAACAAUUGUCAUUACCGGGGCCAGCGAACGAGGGCUGGGAGCUGAGACUGCAAUCGCUUUCGCUCAUGCCAGCCCUGCGCAUCUGAUCCUCCUUGCUCGCUCGCAAACCCGAGUCGAUUCAGUCAUUGCUCGGAUCAAGGAGCUGAACCCGGCUAUCAAAGUCACCUUCGUGCCUGUCUCGCUCGACGACUUUGACUCUGUGCGCGUCGCAGCUGCCACCAUCAACUCUUCUAUUGACAAGCUCGACUAUCUGAUCAACAAUGCCGGCGUCAUGGCCCUGAACGAAUACCAGACGAACAAGGAUGGUAUCGAGAUGCAAUUUGCGACCAACCACCUGGGCCACUUCUUGUUCACGAAACUGCUCCUGCCCAAGAUCCUCGCCGCGGGUCCUGGUUCUCGCAUCGUCAACUUGACGAGUCUCGGUCACAAGAUUGGACCGGUCCGCUUUGAUGACUACAACUUUUCCAACGGCAAGGCAUACGACCCAUGGUCAGCGUACGGUCAGGCAAAGACGGCCAACGUCCUCUUCUCUCUAGGUUUGACACAGAGACUGAAGUCGCGAGGCAUUCAAAGCUACGGUGUACAUCCGGGUGGCAUCAUGACCACGAACCUGGCCAACCAUAUCUCUGAUGUUAUGGCGGCGUUGGCACAGAUUGACCCGAUUGCUCUCAAGAACACGGGCAAACCCUUCCCACUGGCUCAAGAUCCCCCCAAGCCGGUUGAACAGGGCAUCACCACCACCAUUGUGGCAGCUUUGGACCCCAGAAUUGAGAGCCAGAGUGGUAUGUACAUGGCAGACUCAAAAUGCCAGCCGACUUACGAAUACGCUGAAUCGGUGGAAAACGCCGAGAAACUGUGGAAGUUGAGUGAAGAGCUGGUUGGAGAGAAGUUUGAGAUAUGA